UAAUUAGCAGCAGCAAUGGACAUUACAGUACUGAUCAAACACUAAUCAAGAAAGUAAGAAAAUCAAUCCAAAUGGCUUCUCUUCCCUGCAAGCUGGUGGGACAAAUUGCUUUCAAGGCAGGUGGAGAUAUCUUCCAUUCCCUCUUAACCUCCAAUCCCGGCCACUUCACCAAGGCCGCGCCUUCGAAGAUUCAGAGCUGCACAUUGCUCAACGGGACCUACGCCACCGAGGGAUCCAUCAUCGAAUGGAACUACACUCACGAGGGGAAGACAGAGACAGCCAAACAGGUCAUUACAAACUUAGAUGAAGAGAAGAAACAGGUCUCUUACAAGUUCAUUGAGGGAGAUUUGGUGCAGCUCUACAAAAAUUUGAUCGUUACGUUCCACGUAGAGACAAGCGGCGGCGUCGACUUCAUCACUUGGACCAUAGAUUAUGAGCUGGUGAAUGCUGACGUUCCUCACCCCAUUACUCUUCUCAAGUUGGCCAUCGAGCUCACUGUCGACAUUGAGACACAUAUCUUUGGAUAAAUGGCCUAUUCGAUUGGAUUGGAUUCGAUUUGCUUGCUUUGUUACUUGUCUUUGUUAUGGAAUGGAUUAAGAAAGUUGCAAAAAAUUUAUAAAUGUGUGAAGAAUAAAUGUGUCAUGGGAGGUUUCUUCCAUGCUUGAAUACUGUUGUUGUUGUGAUCUUUCUUGUUUCUUCAAAUAAAUGUAUUUGCUGCUGCUGCAUACACUCUCUGCUUUUCAUUUAAUUUCAAUUUGUUUCAAGAAUCACAUAAUAUAUGUGUAAGGUUUUUACUCUAAUUAAAUGACCAAAACCAUUUAAUUA